UUGAUUUUCUUUUCUCUCUGUUUUUUUUUUCUUUCUCUUCCCUUCCAUCAAUGGAAUCAAUCCCGUUUGCUACAGGAUUCUUUCGAUCUGGUAAACCCCUUUUUACUAGAAAGUCAAAUCUCAGUUUGAAACCCCAAUACUUGCUACUUCAGCAGAGUCCCUCAUCAAACUUUCGAGAAAUCUUUACAGAGAAGUUGUAUACAUGUACAUUUCUGCAAUGGAAAAUGGCCAGACAUGAGACAACCCUUGAUAAUGUCUACUUUUCCUAGCAAAACUCCCGCAGGCAUACAUCGAACGUGUGGAAACUGGAUGUGCAGUGCCACACACCAAAUCAGACCAAUUUAACAAGAAACUCAAAUCACUCAUAUUUUAAAAAAUCGAAUAUUUUAAACGAAAGCUAUGAAAUGACAUGAAAAAAGAACCAAAAAAUAAACAAAAACAUUUCUUUUGUUUCUCAUCACUCUCUUCGCUCCAAAUCUGCAAUGGUUGGCGCAAGGGGCACAAAGCGCAAGCCCAAGAAGUUGCAUAAUCUAAACCAUUUGAACCACCAAAACCUCGUUGCCAUAAUUUCCAGAGUUAAAGACACUGCAGAUUCCUUCCUCUCUCACAACGACAUUGCUCUUCUUCCUUCCCAAUCUCUCAUUCUCGAAACCCUAAUCUCAUCAACUUCUCACUCUCUCUCUAGAGUCCUUUCUCUCCUCCCCAAACCCUUAGACCCACUCUCUCUCUCUCCGCCUCAACGUGAGUGCUGGUUCCGCCGUUUCCUUUCCUCCACCUCCGUUUCCGAUUCCCAAUGGCUCGACGCGUUCCGCAUGUCAAAGCCUUCCUACUACCACCUCCUCGAUCUUCUCUCUCCCUCUCUGGCCUCUGCGCUUCCCCUAAUCGCCCCCGAUUGUGCCCUAGCCGCCGCAAUUUUCAGAUUGGCCCACGGGGCCGGCUAUUCAGCCACGGCUCGGCGGUUCGGGAUGGCUCCGGCCGACGCAUGCCGUGCGUUCUUCGCGGUUUGCAAAGCUGUCACUGAUAAUUUGGGGCAUUUGUUCGAGCUUCGGACUGAUUCGGAGAGGGUUGUGGUGGGUUUUGGUUGGAGUUCACUUCCCAAUUGUUUUGGGGUUCUGGGGUUGGCUAGGUUUGCAAUUGAUGGCGAUUUAUUGGGUAAAAAUGGGUUCUUGAUGGUUCAAGCAUUGGUGGACUCUGAAGGUAGGUUUUUGGAUGUUUCAGCUGGGUGGCCUAGUACGAUGAAGCCUGAUACCGUUUUGUACCAGAGUAAGCUUUAUAUUGGAGUUGAGAACUCGAAGGAAUUGUUGCAGGGUCCAUCUUAUAAGCUCAGCGAUGAUAGUUUGAUUCCUCAGUAUGUUUUGGGAGAUUCUUGUUUUCCCCUUUUGCCUUGGCUUUUAACACCCUAUAAUAGGGUUAAUGAGGAAGAUAGUUUUGGUUCUGUUGAAAGGGCUUUCAAUUGUGCACAUAGUCAUGCAAUGGGGUUGGUUGGUGAUGCGUUCGGAAGGCUUCGUGCUAGGUGGCAGCUUCUGUCAUUUUCGAGAAAAUGGAAACAAGAGUGUGUUGAGUUUUUGCCGUUUGUGAUUGUUACUGGUUGUUUGUUGCAUAAUUUUCUUGUUAAGUGCAACGAGCCAUUGCCAGAUAAGGGGGUGAGUUGUGUGGAGAAGGAAGGGGAUCUUCAUGCUUUUGAUGGAAUGAGAGAAGAGAGUGCACUGAAGAUAAGGGAUGCGCUUGCUUUGCAUUUGAGUCGGGUGAGCCUGAGAAGAUGAUAUCUAUGGAAUCAUGUGCGUUUCUUCUUGUAUUUAUUUGUACAACUAAUGGGGAUACUCUACAUAUUUUGAUUGGUUAACAUGUUAUUUGGGACUGACUGGUAAGUCUGUCACUUACAAUUUGCAAACCAUG